CUUCCUGUGAAAAGUAAACAAAUGGCGCUCCGCACUCUAAACUGUAAAAUGAUUAAAAAUGUAAGCCGAAUACGCUUAUAUGAGAGUUCAAAAUGCCCGGACAGAAGAGAAAAUAUAAUGUUCGCUUUCCACCCGGACGCGUCAAGAAAAUUAUGCAGAAGGAUACAGAGGUUGGACGAAUCGCUACAGCUGUGCCAGUCAUCAUAUCUAAAGCUUUAGAGAUAUUCCUCAGAUCCCUCCUCACCAUGACCUGUAAAAUAACCCAAUCCAGGAACAGCAGGGUGAUGUCCAUCAAUCACAUGAAACAGUGCAUUCAUUCAGAGAAGCUGUUUGACUUCCUGAAGGAUUUGGCAGAUCAGGCCUCCACUGCGUCAACAUCAGAGUGCAAAACUAAGGGGAAAUGGCAGUCACACAGGAAACGGUGGCAAAGUGUGUCUAUCAAAGCCAGGUCCCCGGAGAGAGAGGAGCCGCCUCAGAAAGCCACCAAUGAUGUGGUCAUCAACAGCGAUUCAUCCAGUGAGUCUGAGCUGUUCAUCUGCUUGGAAACUCAUUCACCUUGACCAGGCAUUGGAAAAGUUUGACAAGAUCGAACAAUCUCUCGCUGAAAACUGCAGUAUUGUUUGUGAAGACCCAACAUUUUUUUUGUGUGUGUGUGUUGGGUGUUAUUGUUAUUCUUAGCAUCUGAUAUAUUUGACUUUUAAUUUGGGAAAUUGCUCUGUUGUGGUAUUAAGAUUGACCAUGAAAUUAAUUAUAUCAUUUUUGUUUUCUAGUUUUCCAGGGAGUUUUAAAAUCCGAUAAAGAAGAAUAUCAUUUGUUUAUUAUAUUAGAGAUUUUGUGAUUUUGAGCAGCUCCACUAAUUUUCUUUCAGUUGGAUUCAUAAUUAAAACUGUAGAUUGAACUGUCUGUUUGUAAUCUAACAUGAUUUUCUAAGAUGUGAUUAUAUAUUAGUUAUGGUUAAAUGUAAAUAGUUUUUUUUUUGUGUGUGUCAUCUUUAAAUGCAGGUCACAGGUUUUGUUAUUAUUAUCAUUCACAGUAGAUUACAGGGUUCUUUAAGCUGCAUAUUGUAUGACAAGAUCAUUUGGUAUAUUUUAAGAUGUCAGUAUUACAUAAUAUUGUAUAAAUAUGCAUUUUCUACUCCUAACCUUACUACCGUGAUACAAGAUGUAGUAAAAAUGUUUAAAAUAACCAAGCAUCUAUUAUAGGGUAAUGCAAAAUAAUGGCUGAAUAAAACAAACCGAGGAUGAUGUUUCAAAGGUACUUUUAUUUUAAGUAAAUGAUGCUCUUUGUCUGGUGACAAAGUGUGAUGCAAAAAAAUAUACAACAAAAUAAAUAAAACUCAAACCUUUUUUGGGAUUGUAUUUUGGGACAAUACAAACAACGGUUUCCUCUGUUACUGAGUGACUUAAAAUUGGUCUGUGCUUCCCUUUUCAGGCAUUUCAAACAUUUCAGCAGCUAAUACCAGGCAAACCCCAUAACGGCUGAAGUACAGUAAAACAAAGCGAAUAGAAAAGCAGUGAUCUAAAAAUGACCAGCUGUGCAUUCCACAUGAUUUUCUUUUUAAUACAGUCUGUCCGAGACAAAAGAAACAGGCUUCCUGCAGCUUGUAUUCGCUUUGGUGAAUGGCAAUGAGUAAAAAUCACAUAUGUUCAAAAUACUAUUAGAUGUGGUGACAAAAAUGUACAUGAAUGAUUAUUUCCAUCAGAAACAUUAAUUAAUUGGUCCGAAAUAUAUCUUUAUUGUUCUUUCUCCAAACCAUUUUCAAGAAGAUCCGAAGUUUUGUCAACUCUGAGAAAAGGCUCUUAACUUAUUAGAAACCACCUGAAGCAUAAAAGGCACCGCUCAACCCUGUGACCCUUUCACAGAACAGGACAGGAGUGCCGUCAGAUAGUUACCAUGCUGAAAUAAGUACACUAUAUUACACACAUAAACAUAUUUCAUAUGACCACUCAUCUUUCCAUCUUACUUUUCUCAUGGUUCAAUCUUUUUUUAUUUACUGUAAACAUCAAAAUCUUCCAAAUAAAGGAACGUGAUAAUGGAGCAGUGUGAUGCCUGCUGUUCAGUAGAGUCGCAUUCGGAUCCCCUGUCCUGGAGGUGGAGCAAAAUGAAC